GUGGGCGCAGCCUUGCAAAGGCACUGAAACUUGAACUCCACGACUCAAAGUUGUCCCUCUCUACUAUUAUAAGCAGACAUCACUCAGCCAGCUCAACACACAACAAUCUUGGCUGGCCACCAUGGAAGAAGAAAUUGCUGCAUCCGCCGUGUUUGUGCCGCCAUCUGUCCAAAUCCAUCAAGAGGACCUACUUCUCGGCCGCUCCUACGCGCACUACAGCGAAGUGCCAGCAGGUAUUGACGUUACCCGCGAGGGCAAUAAAUCUGAAUCAGGAACGCCGUGCGUGUUAGGCGUGGACGAAGCCGGUCGAGGUCCCGUCAUCGGACCCAUGGUGUAUGGGGUCUAUUACCUCCCAGUGGAACUUCAGCAGUCUCUUCUGGCCACUGCAUACCAUUUCGACGAUUCUAAAGUUUUGACACCGGCAUUCCGAGCAAACCUGAUGAAAGCAGUAUGCACGGCCGAGACGGAUCUAUUCAAAUCAUCCGGCUGGGCCAUUAAAUCCCUCAGCGCCCAGGACAUUGGCGCAGGCAUGUUGAAGAACGGCGGAUGUUACAAUCUCAACGCCCAGGCCAUGGAUGCCACCGUGGAGCUGAUCCGCGGAGUCCUCGAUAGAGGGGUCAAUGUGACGGAAAUCUACGUCGACACCAUCGGGAAGCCUGAAGUCUAUCAGAGGAGGUUAAGUCAGAUCUUCCCCACCAUCAAGAUCACAGUGGAAAAGAAGGCCGACAGUCUCUUCCCCUGCGUCAGCGCCGCAAGUGUAGUUGCCAAAGUGACGAGGGAUGUCAGUUGCGAAGCUCUCCUAGAAGCGUACGUCCAACAGAACCCGUCGUCGUCGUCGGAGGAGGAGCCCGUGACUUGGGGAUCCGGGUAUCCUUCCGAUGCCCGGUGCGUCAGCUGGCUGAAGUCGGCGAUCGAUCCAGUCUGGGGCUUUGGCAACGAAUGCAGGUUCAGCUGGGGCACUGUCAAGGACAUGCUGGAGCAGAAAGGCGGGCCGGCAACGAGAACAGACUGGCCAGACGACACUGCUGACGAGAACAUGAGACUGUCCCAUUAUUUCAGCUCGGAUGGGGCCACUGGACCAAAAUCUGAAGCUGAUCAACUACGGACCUGGUUUGGCACUGGGGUUGGGCAAGAAGCAUUUUGAGGCCGAAAUGUGGAGGGACUUAUAUACACCACCAGCUCCGCACUAAACACAUCCAAACGAAAGUUACGCCAUUCCAUGCCAGGGACACAGUUCUGCUCAUCUAUUAAAGCUUUGCUUUUGUCCACAGCCCCUUCAUCGCUCCCUCAAUGCCAGGGAGAUUCGCGGGACCAUCAUAAAUGUCCCUCUCCACUGCUCUGGUGUUGAUGUGCAACGGACCAAGAUCGGUCACCUUUGCCGCACCCAGCAACCGAGUUGCUGUAGCAGUCUCAUCCCUCAGGAUCUCCGGUACUCUCUCAACGCCUUGAAUUCCACCCGCUCCGAGACCAAACAAUGCGGCGCGGCCGAUGCCAACGGCUUUUGCACCUAGCGCCAGGGCCUUGACCACGUCAGUACCUCUCUUGAUGCCGCCAUCGACAACCACGUCCAGCUUGCUGAACACCUCGGGGCAGUAUUUCCUGAUUUCCAACAGGGUGUGGACGGCCGGCGGCGCCGUGUCUGCUGCUCUGCCACCAUGAUUUGAAAGUAUAAUACCCUUCACCUGGGGCGUGUGCUGGCUGGCAAUGUAUGCGUCUUCAUGACAUUGCAGACCUUUUAGGAUGAUGGGUUUGUUCGUGUGUUUCUUCAACCAAGGCAAGGUUUCCGUCCAGGUCAAAGUAGGAUCGGUGCCAAAGAAUAAGGAUUGCCCGAUACCACCACCUCCUUUCAGCUCCUGGCCACCGGCAUCUUUGAUGGCUUGGCUUGUGUCCUCAGCGACGAACUUUCCUCGUUCGUCAUGCUCUCGUUUGCCCGGAACCGGUGCGUCGAGGGUAAGACAGAUAAACUUGAUGGCGUCAAGCUUGUUGAUGCGUGCCAACAUAUCCUCCGACUUUUUACGCUCCGUCUGCACAUACAGCUGCCAUCCGAAAACCUGGGACGGGUCUGCGUCUUUGACGAUCUGCUCGGGCGUCAUACUGGCGUUGUUGGAGAUGAUCUGCAUGGUGCCAAACUUUUUGCAUGCUUGAGCAAUGCCCCAUUCGCCGUCGGGAUGGGCGAGUCGGGCCAUGGCUGCCGGGGCGACAAAGAUGGGGAUGUCGAGCUUAUGGCCGAGAAAGCUCGUGCUGAGGUCGCAGUCGCGGCAGUUGAUGAAGACGCGCGGCCGCAACAGGAUCUGGCGGUAGACGGUGUUGUUCAGGUGUUUGCUGACCAGGUCGUCGGCGGCCGAGUAGUAGUAGGCCCAGCCCUUUUUGGAUAUUUUCUUGGUGGCCGCGGCCUCGAUGUCGUCCAUGUUCAACAGAGCCGCCAGCGGCACUUCCACCUCGGGACUUGGUUCUGGGCCGACAUCCUUGGCCGCCUGGACGGGCUGCGGCAGCGUCUUGGGGUCGAUGGGUCCGAUGCGCGCGGAUUCGGGCAGAUUCUCCUCGAGCGUCCCCGGAGGGUGGAUGGGAUCGUAUUCUUCGGUGGCAUCUUUGCCGGCGAGCUUGAGGAUGAUGUUGGCGCCGCCAGGGUGUUCGGGCAGGAAAUCCGUCACGUCCCAGACAUAGCCGUAGAGGAUGACCCAGCACGAGUCUCGCGUCGUAUGUUUCUGCACUGUAUGAGAAGUCAGUAACGAAGAACCGUCUGUACUUCGAGUAAUGCAAUCACGAAUGGCGCAAGGUGUUGCGCAUUGAGGUUCACUCACCUUCGGCAUAAUCUAUCAGUUUCGACAUGGCUGCAAUAUGGCACUGCUGGUGGCAGGUAAUCUAGCUUGCGCAAAAAUGGACCACGACCAGAUCUCCGCGCCACCCAGCACUCAGCCCAGAAGAAACAAGUAGAGAACAGAAGCGGAAGACAGCAGUGGAAAAACAACAAAGAUCUAUUACUAGAUUCUACAACUUCAAGUACAGAACUUGAAUUGAAC